AUGGAAGUUAUGCGGUAUGAAACAGCAACAGUAACACCAUCCUCGUCGGUGUUUUUCGACAGCACUGACGACACAGCUAGAGAGAUAGGAGCUGCAGAGGAACUGGACUACAAUGAUGAUGAUGCAAGCAGCAGGCUAAGACAGAAUUUUGCCGCGAUUAUGAGACUCCGUGGCGCUUGGUAUAAGAAAACGCUCAAAGUUAAUGAUGUUAGCGAAAGCCGGAGUGCGGUGGCGGUGAGCAGGAGGUGGGUGGUUGAGCAGGUCUUGCCUUUCUUGGAAGAGGGCGCCGCCGCGAGAGUGGUGCGUGGAUGGAGUGAGAGAGUUGUUGUUCACGACUGUGAGCUAGACUCGCUGCAUGUUUUGUACUUGAGGAAACUGAAAACGGGGAAGUAUGUCUUCGCUGGGAGGUGGAGAGAUGAGUUUGUGAUUAGGAGAAAUUUGAAGAAGGGUGAUAGUAUCCGUCUGUGUUGGCACAAGAAGAAAUCCAUGUUCAGUUUUACUGCUUUUUGUCGGACCUAG